AUAGCAAGUCUUAUUUUAUACAUCGCCAGGUUGUUGUAACAACUCUCGAUUGAACUCUGUGUGCGCGUGUGUGUAUGUGUGUGUGUGAAUACAUAUAUAUAUAUAUAUAUAUGAUGCAGCAAAUCACAAGAUUGUAUGCAAAACAAAAAAGAAAAAAGAAGAGAGAGAGAGAGAAUGGUUGGAGAAGCAGCAGCCGAAAAGAAACUAUACGAUGCUGCAACAAAGGGAGAUGUGGCAACUUUCCAACAGCUGCUGCAACAAGAUCCACACCUUGUUGAAAGUGUUUCAUUUGCAUGUUCAAGAAAUGUUGUACACAUAGCAACACUGCGGGGGCAAGUAGCCAUGGUUGAAGAGGUGUUGAACAUCAACCCGCAGCUAGCUCGAUAUUUGGACUCCCAAAAAUCAUCGCCUCUUCACAUUGCAGCAGCGCAAGGGAACGUUGAGAUCGCCAAGAAAUUGUUAUCAGUAGCGCCUGAGAUGUGUUGGUGGAUUGAUGAUCAAGGCAUGAACCCGGUUCACAUUGCAGCCAUGAAAGGGCAUGACGAGGUGUUGAAGGAGAUGCUUCAACUGGAUUUGCUUCCUGCUAUGGAGAGACUGCAUCGCGGCCAGACUGUGUUGCACUUGUGCGUGAAACAUCGUCGGCUUAGCACGUUGAAGGUUUCGGUGGAGAAAUUGGGGGAGCUUGUGUAUGCAAAGGAUGAUGAUGGCGAGACACUCUUGCAUUUGGCUGUUAGGUCCAAUCAACUUGAGAUGGUGCAAUAUUUGGUGGAGAACAAUAAAAUGAAGAAGCUAACAGAGAAUUCCAUGGGCAAAACGGCGCUGGAUAUCUUGGAAGAGUGCGCUCCACACACAAGUACGACUUCAGAAAUGAAAAGAAUCUUACUAAAUUUGUCAAAUCAGCAGAAAUCGUUGCUAUUCGCCCAGCUGAAGAUGACCGACAUGACAAUGGUGGUGGUGGUGCUGAUAGCCACGAUGGCGUUCCAGGCGGUCGUCAGCCCCCCGGGCGGUGUGUGGCAGGACACCACGUCAUCACACACGGCCGGCAAAGCAGUGAUGGCAUCUACUCAUCCCAAAUUAUACAAACACUUCGUUCGCGCUAACACCACCGCUUUCGUUUCAUCUCUCAUCACAAUCAUAUUUGUCACCACCGGAGCGCCACUGAGAGAAGUUCUUUUCCUUGGGAUCGUCUAUUAUGCGAUGUGGGUGUCGGUGGCGUCUAUUGGAGUGAGUUAUGGAGCUUCCUUAAUCAUGACCAAUCCCUCCGAGACAAAACCAAUUGGCCAUAUUGUUGCGAUUGUAGUGUGUUUAUUCGUUGCCAUCCUUGGAUCAGUAUUAGCCUACUUUGGUAUACAGGAGCUGUACAUGUCGUGGAAGAGAAAGAAACAGCAGCAGGAAGAUCUUACAUUCCAGCGUUUUAUUGGUCUGUUCUUCCAAGAUUUAACGAAUGAAUCAUCGGAAUAUCUACGCAAUAAUCAAAGCUUGUCCGGAUUCCCCAGAAGGCCAGAUUCAGACACCCGCACCGGACAGGCCGCGUGAACUCGGAAGGCUGGAGAGCAGAAGAAGUGAUCUUACUUUGUUACAUCUACUUUUUGUUGCCGAAUAAUUAUAUAAACGGUGAGGUUUAGGGCUCAAACCUAACCGCUUUUCUUA